GUGGCCGGGGCGGGGCGUGGCCGGGCGCAGCAUGGCGCGGCGGCACUGAGGCAGCGGCGGCCUCCCCGGCCCGGCCUUUGUCUCUCCGGUGUCCCCGGAGCGCAGGAGCCCGCGCGGGGGGCCUCGGGGGCUGCGCCCGCGCCGUCCCGCUCCGGCCCCGCAGGUGCGGCGGUAGCGCCGGGUGCUCGGUGCCGGGCGGCGGUGCGGGGAAGGGGGGCUCGGAGGAACUUGGCCGAAGUUCGGCGCGGGGAGGGGGGGAGGCACCCGGUGCCGGGGCGAUCCCGGGGCGCCGCGGGAAGCGGCCGGUCCCCGCCGCCCCGGGCGCGGGAUGCGGCUGCCCCGGUGCCGCCGCGCCGCGGCCGCCCCCAACUUUCCCCGCUGACGACGCCCGGGGCCGCGGGCGAUGGUGAGGGCCGCCCGCCCGCCCGCCGCCGCCCGCCGCCGGCUCCAGGGCUCCGCCGGCCGCCGCCCCGCCGCCCCCUGAAGCGGCCGGAGCCGCGCCCGCCGCGGCCGGGACGAUGCCGCGCUGGGAGGCGGCCGCGCUGCUCGCCGCGCUCGUCGGCGUCUGCGUCUGGACCGACGAGACCGGGAAAGUUAUCUCGGACCGGUACGCUGUCUACUGGAACGGGAGCAACCCCAGGUUUCAGCACGGGGAUUACACAGUGGAAGUGAGCAUCAACGACUACCUGGACAUCUACUGCCCGCACUACGAGGAGCCGCUGCCCGAGCGGAUGGAGCGCUACAUCCUCUACAUGGUCAACUACGAGGGGCACGCGUCCUGCGACCACCGUCAGAGGGGCUUCAAGCGCUGGGAGUGCAACCGGCCCGACUCCCCCAACGGGCCCCUCAAGUUUUCAGAGAAGUUCCAGCUCUUCACCCCCUUCUCACUGGGCUUCGAGUUCAGACCCGGCCACGAGUACUACUACAUCUCCUCAUCCCCCCCGAACACAGUGGACAGGUCCUGCCUGAAGCUGAAGGUUUAUGUUCGGCCAACAAACGAUUCCCUGUACGAGUCCCCGGAGCCCAUUUUCACCAGCAACAACUCCUGCUGCAGCCUCAGGGUGCCGCGCGCCGUGCUCGUGGUGGUGCCGGUCGUCUGGACGCUCCUGGCCUCGUAGCGCUGACACCGACGCGCUGGGGAGCAGCUCCGUGGAGCGUCACCUCUGGCCACCCCGUGUCACCUUUGAGCUGCGGCUCCGGUGCUCCAGGACGGUGCCCGGGGAGGCUUGGUGCUGCUGAUCCUGCCACCACGGGAAGGCCCUGUCACCGCACAGCCACCGCGCCAGGGGAUGGCACUGGGAGCAAAGGGCUGUUCUGCGGGAGGGAUCCUGGCUGCGCACACCGACAGCUCCUGUCCCGGCGCUUGCGUCUUGCUCAGCGCCAGCUCUCCCUCUUGGAUGUCGCUUUUUGCAUUUCUAGACCAAAUACGGAGGCCUCGUUGUUUGGUUUGGGGGGUUUUUUGUUUUUCUAAAGAAAAAAGGGUUUUAUUUUUGUUUGCUGGGUUGUUCCAGCCCGGGCUCCCCCGUGUCAGACUGACCCACAGGGGGCCGGGCUCAGCCCCUCACUGAGCCCUGCUUUCACACCGGACACUGAGCUACACAGACGCCAGCGAUGGUGCCGACGUCUCCGUUGUCACAGACUCCUUCCCAGCCCAGCCACUGCUCUGGCACCAGGACGUCACGGUGCCGGCCCCAGUGCGCUUCUCCAGGCACCUGCCUGCCAUGGGGACACAGGGAUGAGGGGCCUGGGUGGACACGAGCCCCCACCAAGUGCCUGGUGGGGUGACCCUGUCCCCAUCACUCGUGUCAUGCAUGUCACUGCUGUCUCCAUGGGACCCCGGGGUGGCUCCGUGAGCAACAAAGCAAACUGGACGCACCGGAGGCGAGCACCAGGGAUGGCCGGCACCGGGAGCACCGGCGAUGGCCAUCGACACUGGGAGCACUGCCGGGUGCUGGGAGCCGGCGGGCCGGGCUCACCCGGAUGCUGGGAUCACUCCAAGGGCGUUUGGCUGGAGCCGGUGCUGGAGCCUCCAUCCAGGCAGGGCUGAUCUCACGGAGCAGGUUUUCCUCCUCUGCAGCCUCCUGCUUUGCACCACAUCCCCCCAACACCUUGGGGGUGUGAGAAUGCCCACGGGGGGGGCCGGUGGCCACGUGCAGGACCAUCGCAGCACUCCCCAUGGUUGCCCCUUCAUUCCCCGGCUGCUGCCGGUGUCCCCGGGGCUCUGGGGCUGCGCUUGGGAAGUUUUACCUUCUCCUUCUUUGCAUUAAUAAGAAGAACCCACCGAAACCCCUAAUCCGAGGUUGACCUCAGGGGUGGCAGGUCCCCAGGAAGGGGUCCCCCUGCGGCCCGACCCCUCCUCGCCUUAAAUCUGGGGCUGUCCCACCCAGGGGGGGUCCCGUGAGAGCCCGCCCCAUGCCCCGGGGGGUUGGUGGUCCUGGGGGAUGAUGGUGAUGGGCUCGGACCCAGCCAGAGCCCCCUCCUGAGGGCACCUUUCUGAACGCACCCCAGACCCUUCCGGCGCGGGGGGCUCCGUCCCUGUACAUACAGCGCUGUACUGUGAGCGGUUUUUUUAUGUAUUGUUGAGAAUGAAUUUUAUGGAAGGGUUUAUCUUAUUUUAUUUUUAUUUUUUAGACUAGGAAGCUGAAAUCUCGCAAUAAGCUCAUCUCGACCAUCCAAAAAAUACAAAAAAAAAAAAAAAAAAAAUUAAAAAAAAUAAAUCCCAAACCCAACAAUAAACCCUGGCAUUCCCCAUUCCCUGCCGUUCCCUGCCUCCCGUCCCUGUCCCUGUGUGUGUCCAGACCAAGUUGUGGUUCUCGAAGGCGAGCAAAAGCAUCGUGUUUAUCCAGGGGGUGAGGGAGGGCUCCGUCGAGGGGCCAGCAGCACCCACCCAGCUCGCGGGGGAGCGGCAAAACCUGGCCUUUGGUCUGUGUUUUAUAUAUAUAUAGAUUAUAUAUAUAAAUAUCUAUAUUGUGUACAGCGACUGCGGGAGAGUGGCCAAGCGGCCGGCAGGGGCCGUGGGUGCUGCGGGCUGGGGGGGCUUCGCUGUGGGCCGGGCUGCCCCUCGGGAGCAGCCCAUCGCUGGCGCUGGUUCUGCGUGUUGGUCUCCGUACUGCCUAGCUUUGUCCUUAGACAUGCCGCUUUCGUCCUCGACGUCGUGCUGAUGGUAUCCGGAUCACCCCAUUUGGAUUCUGUAUUUUUUUAUAAUAAAAUACAAAUAAAUGUCGUGCGAGGCCCUUGCUUUUGA